AUGUCUUAUGAUCAACUCUCCUCGCUCGAAGCGGGCCGAUCAGGUCGCCAGGGCAACUACUCCGACGACCCCGAGUUCAAGCAGCUCCAAUCGCAGCUGACGAACAAGAUCUUCAACCUGCGGCGCAACAUCCAGCAGCUGACGUCUGAUGUCAAUAUUCUCGGCACGAAGCGCGACACCGCUCGAGUGAGAGAAAGAGUUCAUGAUCACCUAGAUAAGACACGGGACCUAUGCAAGGAGAUUGGAGAUGGAGUGAAGAAGCUACAGACCUGGGACGACUUGACGAAACAACAAAAGUAUGACCAGUCUAGGGUCUCGACGGACUUCCAGAAUGCCCUCCAAGAAUUCCAAGACAUCCAGCGCAAGGCCCUUGAGAAGCAGCGUGCAUCGGUCACAGCUGCGCGCGCGGCGCAAGACGGGGAGGGAGCAGACGCCUCGGCUGGCACCGAAGACCGUCUCGAGCAACAGCAGCAGCAGGAAGCCAUCCGAUUAGCAUCUCAGGACGAGGUGGACUUUCAGGAGGCGCUCAUCAUCGAGCGCGAGGAGGAGAUCCGCAACAUUGAGCAAGGUGUUGGCGACUUGAAUGUUCUAUUCAGACAGGUGGCGCAGAUUGUAUCCGAGCAGGGCGAACAGCUGACGUCGAUCGCGGACAACGUGGAAGAUGUGCGAGACGACACCCGAGGCGCCCAGGUUGAGCUCCGACAGGCGGCAAGACAUCAAAAGGCUGCGCGCAACAAGGGCUGCUGCCUCUUACUGAUUCUGGCUGUCAUCCUCACCAUCGUUCUUCUCGCCGUUUUCCUUGACUAG